AUGUCAAGCCAGUCAGGUGCUGCAUUCGCAUGCAUCCUUCUGUUGGUGACGGUUGGGGCCGCCUUCUCCACGUACUGGGUCCUUCGACCGACACCUUCCGUAAGCUAUUCGCAAGAGCAGGCCGUCAGGCUUGCCGAGCUCGCGGGAGCCGCUUACUGCUCGCAGGCCUCACUGGAGGGUUGGAGAUGUGGCGCGAAGUGCCUAGCCUCCGUCUCGAAGCCAGUGCAUGUGUGUCCUGGGGAUUCCACGCAAGCGUUUGUGGCUCGCUUCGAGGAUGAUUGCAUCGUCAGCUUUGAGGGGACCAAGACUUACCUCUCCAUGAUCCAGGAUCUGCGCAUCGCUAAAAAUCUCAGUGACUGGAAGACGGGCGGCAGCGUCCACACGGGCUUUCUCGCUGAGUGGGAGAGCUUGCAGAGCUGCAUCCAAAGUGCGCUGACAAAGACGUGUUCGAAAAGCGCAGCCUCGGGUCUCGUCAUUACAGGGCAUUCCCUCGGGGGGGCGAUCAGCGUCCUGGCCAUGGUGGAGUUGUCGGAGAGGGGCUGGAGCGUGAAAGAAGGCUACACCUUCGGCAUGCCGAGAACAGGGGAUGCCACCUUUGCCGUUAACUUCGACCACUUGUUUUUUGGCAAGUUUUUCAGGGUGACGCAUCACAGGGAUCCGGUCCCACAUGUCCCGCCACAGGACUUUGGCUUCCAGCACCUGUCCUCGGAGGUGUUUUACGACGGAGACAUUGGUGAAGGAUUUCGCCACUGCCCACAGGCCGAGGACCUGAGGUGUGCUGGGAGAUACUGGGAUCUCCCGGUAGAUCUCUUCUACAUCAGCGACCACAUGGACUACAUGGGCCAGAAUACCGGGUCCGUUGGAUGUGAGGAACUGGCGGCUGCCAGCUGGCUGACUCCCCGAAGGGGCUGCUUUUGGUGUCUUUCACUUCCACGAUUUCUUUUCGACGACGCAAGGUGCAGCCAGUGA